GUGUCCCUCCGCCUCCUGCUCCGGUCCUCUUUGUUAUGAAACGAUUCUCUCUCGCGCGUUCAAUCUCCUCCAGAUUUAUCGCUUUCUGGGUAGGCUUUGAAGGAGAUGAUGGUGGGAUUGGCUCUGCGGAUUGAGGAGCAGUUCACGGAGACGAGAGAGAGGAUUUUUAGCCCUCGAUAGGAAAGCUAUGUGCCUAUAUUGUUCUGAGAGGAGAGGUGCGAGAGCCGUAUCCCUUUUCCCAUCGGUUUAUCAGGGGAGGAGCAUGUGAGACGUUGUUGCUUUCGAUGGUUCCUUGCAGGGUCUCGCGUGUUGCCGUGCCGCAGUAACUCUCCGGUCGGAAAGGUGACGCCUUUGGUACUCUUUGUGCCUCUUUUUCUGUGAGCCACUGCUUCCGACGAGGUUUACAGGUCACUAGUGCGUCUCCUUUGACUUCUCGACGUCGACUCCUCUUAGAAUCCUAGAUUUCCCCUCUUCUUCUCACGGUUUUAGCGCUUAAAAGAGUUAUCUUUACGAGGUUUUGGUGAGGUUCCCCGACAGAGAGAGCGAGAUGGCCGGUGGUCAGGGAAAAGAUGCCGCCUUUUUGUUUGCAGACGAGGAGCUGAUCGGGAUGACCGAGUUGAAGAAAGGCGCCGACUUUGUUGAGGUGAUGUGCGGGUGCACGAGCCACCGGUAUGGCGACGCUGUCGGGCGGCUUAGGGUUUUCGCCUCCGGUGAUCUCCAGAUCAGCUGUGAAUGCACGCCGGGCUGUGAGGAAGAUAAGUUGACACCAGCUGCGUUUGAGAAGCAUUCUGGGCGGGAGACUGCAAGAAAAUGGAAAAACAAUGUGUGGAUCAUUAUCAAAGGAGACAAGGUUCCACUUUCAAAGACUGUGCUGCUUAAGUACUACAACCAGGCAUCAAAGGCUGCUAAUGGCUCUCAUAAAGGUCCCAAUGGACGGCCAUUUCACCGUGAUGAAUUUGUCUGCUGUAAAAGAUGUAACAAAGAGCGUAGAUUUCGCUUACGUACUAAAGAUGAAUAUCGCAAUUAUCAUGAUGCUGUGAGGAAUCCAAAUUGGGAAUGUUCUAACUUGACGUUUGACAGAGCCACCUGCGAUGACGAAGAGGAGCGAGCAAGCCGUAAGGUCCUCAGGGGAUGUUCACGUUCUCCAUCCUGUAGAGGAUGCACCACAUGCGUAUGUUUCGGAUGUGAGAACUGCCGUUUCUCAGAUUGCAGCUGUCAGACCUGCAUCGAUUACACACGCAAUUCUAAAAUCUAAGCUUGUUCGAUGGAGAACUAUUUAUCCUCCACGGGUGAUUGCAUAAUUGUGUUAUCAAUGCAGGUAUUUUGAUGCAGACCUGAAACCCUCAAUCAUAAGGUUCAAAAUUUUGACAAUCCCAUCAAUGGGGCUUUCUAUGUUUCCUUUUCCUCCACCCCACUUCUUCCAUUUGAAACAUUGCUUAUAGAUGAAGAUGGUGGAAGCUGUGAAUAAGUGACAUGGAAAACUUUUAAAGGCAUAUCUAUUAUUUUCGUACGAUUUAAUUUUUCUCUUAAUCCAUGAUCAUAU